CUACCGAACAGCGUUCCACAGAUGAUAACGGGCACGUUUUAUUACAUCCCCCUGGUGCUGCUGCUGCUGCAUUUACUGGGAACUGUCGUUCCGCGGGACCCACUCGAGUGUGGAAGACGUAAAGUUGCAACUAACGAACUGCUGGUAAAUGCUGCAAAUAGUUCACCAGGUGAGUGGCCAUGGCAUGCUGCGAUCUACCAUAGGACGAGUGUGACCACUGACAGUUACGCGUGCGGGGGGUCACUCAUCAGUGACCAGUUCGUGCUGACGGCGGCACAUUGCGUGAUCGAUUCUGCUUCCAGGAAUCAACUGGGACCAAAUCGGAUCUUUAUUCGGUUAGGUAUUUUCGACCGCGCUGAUCCCAACCUUCGAACGAUGCAGCAGCAUUCGAUUGGAAAAAUUUAUAAGAUGGCUGAUUUCAGCCGAAAUAAGGAUGAUAUAGCGUUGCUGGAAAUGAAAACGGUCGCCGAGUUCAAUGAUCACGUGCAGCCGAUUUGUGUGGAGGCGUGGGCUGUUGGGGGAUACGGAACGGUGGUCGGAUGGGGAUUGACGGAAAAUGACGAGCUGUCGGUGGUUUUGCGUAAGGCUCAAAUGCCUGUGAUAAGCACUCUAUCCUGUUUGAGAAGUAACCGUGCCUUGUUCGGCCAGAGCUUAGAUGUUGGAAUGUUCUGCGCUGGCUAUCGGAACGGAACCAGCGUCUGCAACGGAGACAGUGGAGGAGGGAUGGCAUUCAGCCGAUCCGGUGUAUGGUUCCUGGGAGGAAUAGUGUCUUUUUCGCAGAUGAGAGGUGCCGGCGAUAACCGAUGCCAGAUCGAUGGCUACGGAGUGUUCACCAAUGUUUCCAGCUAUUUGGAUUGGAUCAGGGAUACAACCGGACUUCAACUGCGGUCGGCGACACGAGGUAAUCUUCUGCCCCGUGAGUGUGGGAUCAAUUAUUCGAACGAAAAUCAUAGAAAUGGACGGGAAGCGAAUCUACUGGAGUUUCCCUGGAUGGCCAUGAUAUUUAAAAAGGAAGAGGCAAAUGAUCCAGGGAAAAAACCGAAUCGAUUAGGAACUUUAAUUAACAGCCGAUACGUUAUGACAUCGGUUUGGUUCUGGCACAAUGAGGAUCCUCAAAUAGUUAGAUUAGGGGAAUAUUCUAUGAAGCAGAGCGAAGACUGUACCACAACCGACGAGGGAAAAUUGUGUGCCCCACCGACGAAAGAUUACGACGUGGAACGCUUCAUUAGGCAUCCGAGUGUUGCUAUUGUAUUGUUAAGGACGGCUUCGGAAGUUCAGUUUGAAGAGCACAUCCAACCGAUUUGCCUUCCGGUGACCUCAGCGCUGAAACGAUUCCAACCGAAACGCUUCUCUGUUACCGCCUGGGGUGUACAGGGAGAGUUUGACCGACUCAGUGCGAUCACGUUGACCGAUGCGGAUAUUCGACGGGACUGUUCCGAGGAGGAUAUGAUUUGCACUAGCAGACCCUACUGCACCGAGCUUCACGGGCACCCGCUAAGUGCCAUGGCCAGCUAUAACGGAUGGCGCUUCGUGCAGUUUGGCAUGGCCAGCUAUUUGCCGAAUUGUAACACGAGAGUAAGGGAUGCGUCGAAUAUUUUCGAUACAUACAUCAAUGUGUCCUCGCAUAUGGAGUGGAUUGCGGCUGCUUUGGAGCCAUAGGAUUAAAGCCUUCCGAAGAUUAAUGCACCAAGUAACAAUUGAAGUUUUAUAGCUCGCUACAAGUGCAAUCUAAGUUUUAUGAAAUGCUAUAAAACUACUAUAAAACCACAAUUGUUACUAGGGGACUGAGCAUAGUUACUAUGACCGAGAUUGCAUUUUGACGAAUGAACCAUUCAGGCACAAUUAGUUAAUACUAUGAAAUUUUGCACUUAUACUAGUUUAGGAAAUCAUAUCUUCCUACCAAUUACGAAAUUAAUAUUUUUUAUAAAUCUCACA